AUGAUCGAGACUGGAAGAUACCUUAUCGGCGCCGCCGGAGCUAGCGGAUUCGGUUCUAAAUCCACCGCCGAACAAGUAACCGAGAAUUGCGAUCUUCGUUCCACAACAGCUGUAAUCACCGGAGCGACGUCGGGAAUCGGAGCGGAAACGGCGAGAGUGUUAGCGAAAAGAGGAGCGAGGUUGAUAUUUCCGGCGAGAAACGUGAAAUCUGCGGAGGAAGCUAAAGCGAAGAUCGUCUCUGAGCUUCCGAUGAGUGAGAUCGUCGUUAUGGAGCUUGAUCUUAGUUCGAUUUCUUCCGUACGGAGAUUCGUUUCCGAUUUCGAAUCUCUCGAUCUACCUCUUAAUCUUCUCAUAAACAACGCAGGGAAGUUAGCACAUGAACAUGCAAUAUCCGAAGACGGGAUCGAGAUGACAUUUGCAACUAAUUAUCUUGGCCAUUUUCUCUUGACUAAUCUGUUGCUAAAGAAGAUGAUUGAAACGGCAGAGGAAACAGGAAUCCAAGGUAGGAUCGUUAACGUUACGUCGGGGAUUCACGGUUGGUUUUCCGGGGACAUGAUCGAGUAUCUCCGGCUUAUUUCUCAACCCAAGUGUCAAUUCGAUGCGACACGUGCGUAUGCUCUCUCGAAGCUUGCUAAUAAAAUUGAAGCGAACGUGACGGUAAACUGUGUACACCCAGGAGUAGUUAGAACCCGGUUAACAAGAGACCGAGAAGGUUUAUUGACAGAUCUUGCCUUCUUCCUCGCUUCCAAGCUCCUUAAGACCGUCCCUCAAGCAGCAGCAACGACGUGUUACGUGGCAACGAAUCCAAAGUUGGUGAACGUAUCGGGGAAGUACUUUACGGACUGCAAUGAAACGACACCGUCUGGACUCGGAUCAGACUCUUCCGAAGCUACCAAAUUAUGGGCUGCUUCUGAGUUUCUAGUAACUCAACAUUCCAAGACCGUUUUCGAUCCAUUUAUCCAAAGAUAA